CGCUCUUGCCGGCGCGGCGACUCGCUGGCAUCAGCAGGCCGCGGAGGCGGAAGAUGGCGGCGGCGGCGGCGGCCGGGCGUCGGUGAGCAGCGCGUCCGCGGCGAGAACGGCCGAUGGCGGCCGGGAGGUGCCCUCGGGGACCUGCGGGCCGUUAGGGCGCGACGGUGGGCGGCAUGUCGGAGCACGCGGCGCCCGGGGCCCCGGGGCCCGGGCCCAACGGUGGCGGCCCGGUCCCCGCGCGCGGGCCUCGCACCCCCAACCUCAACCCCAAUCCUCUCAUCAACGUGCGCGACCGGCUCUUCCACGCGCUCUUCUUCAAGAUGGCUGUCACCUAUUCGCGGCUUUUCCCACCCGCCUUCCGCCGUCUCUUCGAGUUCUUCGUGCUGCUCAAGGCGCUGUUCGUGCUGUUCGUCCUGGCCUACAUCCACAUCGUCUUCUCACGCUCGCCCAUCAACUGCCUGGAGCACGUGCGGGACAAGUGGCCGCGGGAGGGCAUCCUGCGUGUGGAGGUCCAGCACAACUCGAGCCGCGCGCCCGUCUUCCUGCAGUUCUGUGACGGCGGCCGCCGCGGCAGCUUCCCCGGCCUGGCCGUGGAGCCGGGCAGCCCGGAGCUGGGGGAGGAGGAGGCGGAGCUGGCCGUGGACAUGUUCGGGAACACGUCCGUCAAGUUCGAGCUGGACAUUGAGCCCAAGGUGUUGAAGCCACCGGGCGGUACUGAGGCCCCAAAUGACAGCCAGGAGCUCCCCUUCCCAGAGACACCCACGAAAGCGUGGCCGCAGGACGAGUAUGUCGUGGAGUACUCACUGGAGUAUGGCUUCCUACGGUUGUCACAGGCCACACGGCAGCGGCUCAGCAUCCCCGUCAUGGUGGUCACCCUGGACCCCUCGAGAGACCAGUGCUUUGGGGACCGCUUCAGCCGCCUGCUGCUGGCCGAGUUCCUGGGCUAUGAUGACAUCCUCAUGUCCAGCGUCAAGGGCCUGGCCGAGAACGAGGAGAACAAGGGCUUCCUGCGUAACGUGGUGUCGGGUGAGCACUACCGUUUCGUGAGCAUGUGGAUGGCCCGCACGUCCUACCUGGCCGCCUUCGUCAUCAUGGUCAUCUUCACCCUCAGUGUUUCCAUGCUGCUCAGAUACUCCCACCACCAGAUUUUCGUCUUCAUUGGUAACCCCANCCCCGCUCCUGUGCCCCGCCCGCGGGCCCCGCGCCGACCGCGCAGCCUCCCCGCAGGGAUGGAGGCCAUCAUGUCUGAGUUUUUCAACGACACCACCACGGCUUUCUACAUCAUCCUCAUCGUCUGGCUGGCCGACCAGUACGACGCCAUCUGCUGCCACACGAACACCAGCAAGAGGCACUGGCUGCGGUGGUUCUACCUGUACCAUUUCGCCUUCUACGCCUACCACUAUCGCUUCAACGGCCAGUACAGCAGCCUGGCCCUGGUCACCUCCUGGCUCUUCAUCCAGCAUUCCAUGAUCUACUUCUUCCACCACUACGAGCUGCCCGCCAUUCUGCAGCAGAUCCGAAUCCAGGAGAUGCUGUUACAGACCCCGCCGCUCGGCCCCGGUGUCCCCACGGCGCUUCCGGACGACCUGAACAACAAUGGGGGCACUCCGGCCGCCACCCCCGACCCUGCUGGCCAGCCCCCCGCCCUGGGCCCUAGGUUGCCGGGCAGUAAUGGGGGCCCCGGGCCCGUGGCUGAGGCGCCCAGCUCUCUGGUGGCCGCAGCAGCCUCGGUGGCCGCGGCAGCCAGCGGCGACCUGGGCUGGAUGGCAGAGACGGCUGCCAUGAUCACAGACGCCUCCUUCCUGUCUGGCCUCAGUGCCUCCCUGCUGGAGCGGCGGCCCGUUGGUCUGCUAAGCCCCAGUGGGGGGCUCCCCCGAACCCCCCAGGACAGUGCCCCCUCCAGCAACUCCCUGGCACAUGACACAGCGCCCCUAGCUGCCGGGGUGAGUGGGCCCAGCCCUGCACCCACAGCCCCAGUGGACCCACCCCCAGAGGUCGGUUCCUGAGCCUUGGGCAGCUGACCGCCCCAUCCCUGGCCAUGCAGGCCCACUGGGUAUGACCUGGGUGGAGCCCUUGGGUGUUGGAGAAGCUGUCCUGGUGGUUCUUGGGACUACCCAGCCUGCCUUGGGCGGUGUCAGGGUCCAUCGGGUUUGCCCAGAGCAGGGCUUCUCUUCCCCAGUGUGGGGCCUGCCGGAGGCCUGUCCCUGCUACGUUAGUGGUGGGCCCCCUCAGCUGGUGAAUCGAGGCGGGCCAAAGGGGGGGGUGGGGGCUCUGUGGAAGGUUCUGGAAAGGGCUGGUGAACCGUGUGGAGUGAGCUGUCCCUCAGCAGCAGAGCUGGACAGGUCUCUAACAAGGUGAACGCCGGUGGGGUCGCCCUCGCUGUCCCGGCCCGCUCAGCUGGUGCUCCAUCAUGCUCAGUGCCUUUUCCACGGCCCCCGACCCCAGGUGUGUGUACCAGGGCUGGGGUCCUGGGAGGGCAGAGGUCACGCUUCGGUCUCGGGGUGCAGUGUACAGGCGCCAACGCUGGAGGAGGUGGCUGGGCGUGGGGUCCAGCCCUGCUGGGGCGGGAGUGGGACAGGGCUGGUGGCCAAACUGAAUCACUCGGUGAGGAAUGCCGAAGAGCGCUCAUUCCAUUCUAUUUAAUUGCAGUGUACAAAAUUGUGUUUGUAUAUAGAAUAAACUGUUGACAGCGGC